CCCGCUCGAGAGGCGCUGGGGGACCGUGUGUAAAAAACACGGGGACAGCAGCCCCGGAAAGGGCAGUCGGGCUCGGAGGUGGUGGGAACCAGGCGCGCGGCCAGCGAGCCGUGGGGAAUCUUCUAGCCAGACACUUGUGCAGGGUUCAAGGCUAAGUCGGCGUUCUUGUUGGUUCGUUUCUUAACAAAUGCUCGAGUGCCAGCCGGGUACGGGGCGGGCUCAGGGCUGUACCUGGAAGUACCCGCCCUUCGGACAAACUGCACGAGCUACACCCGUUAUCUAGUUACUGCUGCUCCGGAGGAAACGCGGGGCGCCGGUCCGAAAAGGGGAGGCAGUGCUUCAGCUGAGCUCCAGGAGUAAUUGAGGAUGAGCUUGGUGAAGAGGCUGGAAGAGAAGUCUGGUGUUCCUUAAGAUGGCCUGAUAUGAAGGCGUCACACUCCCUGCCUCCCCAAGCCUCUAGCAUUGCCUGGUGGCUGCCUUGUCCUUCAAGUGCAGGAGCCAGUUGAAACGUCAGGAAUGGAAGCCAAUGUGACCAUCCCAAUCUGGCAAAAUAAGCCGCAUGGCGCUGCUCGAAGUGUAGUGAGAAGAAUUGGGACCAACUUGCCCCUGAAGCCAUGUCCCCGGGCAUCCUUUGAGACCCUGCCCAACAUCUCUGACCUGUGUCUGAGGGAUGUGCCCCCAGUUCCUACCCUGGCUGACAUCGCCUGGAUUGCUGCAGAUGAAGAGGAGACUUAUGCCCGGGUCAGGAGCGAUACACGCCCCCUGAGGCACACCUGGAAGCCCAGCCCUCUGAUCGUCAUGCAGCGCAAUGCCUCAGUGCCCAACCUGCGUGGGUCAGAGGAGAGGCUCCUGGCCCUGAAGAAGCCAGCCCUGCCAGCCCUCAGCCGCACCACCGAGUUGCAGGAUGAGCUGAGCCACCUGCGCACCCAGAUUGCCAAAAUAGUGGCAGCUGAUGCAGCUUCGGCCUCAUUAACGCCAGAUUUCUUAUCUCCAGGAAGUUCAAAUGUCUCCUCUCCCUUGCCUUGUUUUGGAUCCUCAUUCCACUCUACAACUUCCUUUGUCAUUAGUGACAUCACCGAGGAGGCCGAGGUAGAGGUCCCCGGGCUUCCAUCAGUCCCCCUGCUUUGUUCUGCCAGCCCUGAGUGUUGCAAACCAGAGCACAGAGCUGCCUGCAGCUCGUCUGAAGAGGAUGACUGCGUCUCUCUGUCCAAGGCCAGCAGCUUUGCGGAUAUGAUGGGCAUCCUGAAGGACUUCCACCGGGUGAGGCAGAGCCAAGACCUGAGUCGGAGUUCACUGAAGGAGGAAGAUCCUGCUGUUCUUAUCUCUGAGGUUCUAAGGAGGAAGUUUGCUCUGAAGGAAGAAGAUAUCAGUAGAAAAGGGAACUGAUAGCACUCAGCUCUGCAACUCAGUCUCACGCUCCUGGAAUUCCUUCAGUAGCUGCCUUCAUCACUGCAGAUGUUUCUGCCCAUCAGUUAGAAGUCUGCAACAGUCUUGCCAAAAGCUAGAGCUUGGACUAAGAAGAGCUGCAUUAUGUUUUCCAUACUCAAACCUUAAAAGCUAAAGGACUGUUUUGAGCUGAGACACAGGUAAUUAUAUACAUUGGAAUGUCUCAAUUUAAAGGGUGAGAUAGAACUUUCUGGUUUUUCCUUUCUCCUGUGUGAAAGUAGGUCCUAAAUGAAAGACUGACUUCACUGCACUAGACCCCAUAACUGGUCUCACCAAACACUUUGUGCCCAGCUGUCACUCACUCUCAGCCGCUUCCUUGCAGCAGAGCAGGGCUGAGGGGAGCAGGCUAUAAAUGUAUGUGCACGUUCACAGGGCAGGGAAAAUCUUAUGCUGCUCCAUCAUGAACUGACACCAAUGCCCAGCAAUCAUUCUCUCCCCCUUCCCUGUCUUAACACCUACAUGUAGAGGUUGGGCCACUGGACCAGCUGAGACUUGGGCUACUGCUGGGAGGCCUGGGCUGUUUUUUUCUUAAAUAUAUUUUGUAAUACUGUACAACCAAAUCUACCCUCCAAGGCCCUGACGCCUCAUUGGUUCCACUGAUUGAAAGCUUUCUCUUCCAUGGACUUUAAGCCCAACAGGAAAGAGAAAUGAAGGGAUGAAUCUUCCAGGCCCUUGACUGCCCCUUUGCCUGGGGCCAAGGUUUGUACUUACCAUACCUUGCAUGACUCAGAUGCCCUCAGGUCCUUUUCUCUACAGUCUGUAUCCUGUGUGUGUUUGGGUGGAAGCACUACCUGACAUUAAAGGAAGGAUUUGGAGAGAUACUGC